AUGGCUCCUGCUACCAGACAUUCCCAGAACCUGGGCCAUGUAGUCGAAUACAUUCCUGACCGACUAUAUCUCGGCGCCUACGUGCGCACCCCGGAUCCAGACACGCCGCUGCCCGGCACCGAGUCGCCCCGGAAACGAGCGUCUCGAUAUGCCGACGGCGCUGCUCCGGCGCCUCUGGUGACCAACAAAAACCCGCCCUGCUACUUCACCGUCGACGACACUCUGCUGUACAACGCGUUCCACCACGACUUUGGCCCUCUGCACAUUGGCCACCUGUACCGGUUUGCCAUCAAGUUCCACGAUAUCCUGGGCGCCAAGGAGAACCGGGAUCGGCCCAUUGUCUUCUACAGUCUCGCGGACCCGAGAAGCCGCGCAAAUGCUGCUUGCAUGCUGGCUUGCUACAUGGUUCUGAUCCAAAACUGGCCGCCUCACCUGGCCUUGGCCCCGAUUGCUCAGAUCGACCCUCCGUUGAUGCCCUUCCGAGACGCCGGCUACAGCCAGGCCGACUACGGAAUCAGCGUCCAAGAUGUAGUCUACGGCGUUUGGAAGGCCAAGGAGGAAAAGUGCUGCGACUUGGACAACUUUGACUUGGACCAGUACGAGAUGUAUGAGCGGGUCGAGCACGGCGACUUCAACUGGAUCACGCCCAACUUCCUUGCUUUUGCCUCUCCCCAGCACGCGCCGGUGGCCAAGAUUACCGAAGGCUCUGAGCUCUAUCCGCUGCUACCUAGAGAUGUCGCCGCAGUUGAAGAUCACCCGCUUCUUCCCCAGCCCUUCAAGAAUGUGCUCUCCCACUUUAGCGAACGCAACAUUGGCCUGGUCGUCCGCCUCAACUCACAUCUUUACUCUCCGUCUUAUUUCGAGUCCAUGGGAAUCCAGCACAUUGACAUGAUUUUCGAUGACGGAACCUGCCCACCUCUUUCCAUGGUUCGCAAGUUCAUUCGCAUGGCCCACGAGACCAUCACCGUCAAGAAGAGGGGCGUGGCUGUUCACUGCAAGGCCGGUCUGGGCCGUACCGGCUGCCUCAUUGGCGCCUAUCUGAUCUACCGCCACGGUUUCACCGCCAACGAGGUUAUUUCUUUCAUGCGGUUUAUGAGACCUGGCAUGGUUGUUGGGCCUCAGCAGCACUGGCUGCAUCUGAAUCAGGGAACUUUCCGCGAGUGGUGGAUCGAGGAGCGCAUCGAGCGAAAGCUCAGAAGGGAGUUUGCCGCUGCCGCCGCUGCUGCCGCUGGUGGCCACCAAGUGCCGAGCACACCUAUGCGAGCUACCAAGAGUUCGCGAAACCUGCAGGCUACGACACCCUCCAACCGAAGCCCAUCCAACCGCACACCACUCAGCGAGGUGGACCACGAUCGAAGUAGCAAUGUCGGAGUCCAUGAGGACUAUCUACCAGCGCCAACACCUGGCCAGCCACGAAAGGGAGCACGAGAUCGUUACCAGCACUAUGGUAGAUCGGGCUCUGAGGAGCAGAUGCUGGCACAAGCAGCAGAGGCGGCUGCUGCGGCGCCACCGCCUCAACGUCGAUCCCAGGGGAACCCAGAGCCGGAGGAAGAGCAGCUGCACCACUUGCGGAUGCGAAAGCAACGCAAGGCGGCCCAGACAUCCAGCCGAAAUACCGAAAAGACGUCAACAAGUCAGAACGCAGGUUAUGUGAUUGACAAUGACGCUUCUUUUGAUGCCGAGAAUAUAGGCACCGUCAAGCCCAAAUCUGCGGAAAGGCCCUCCAGCCAGUCUGGCACGCUUGCCAAGGUGCGCGCGAGACGGCAAGCGGCGGAUUCACCGCUGCGGUCCAAGGAAUCUGCUGGUGUCCGCAAGACGAGUGGCCGCGUGGGUAGCGCCGGGGCAGGCAUAUCACCGGCGGCAUCGUCGACUGCUCGAAGAGUCUCGGGCACGUCCUAG